UGUGAGGAGGGACCGGAAAAGGAGUAGGAUUCUGGUCGCGAUGUGGAGAGGUGGAAGGCUGAGCUCUCGUGGGGUUCGUUUCCUAGAAACACUUGGGUUUGCGUGCCCCAGCGCGGUAGCCGAGCCUCCUGGUGUAACUUCAUGGACUGCUUUCUCAGGGAACCAGCUCACUAGGAAUCUACAGAUUAAGCCAUGGGAAUUUAGUGGACACAGGACCAUGUGGCUUAGAUCUUACAGGAUAACGUUUUCCUGUUUGACCAGACUAAAAACUUACAGGUCCUCUUGGAAGAAAUUGUACAGUACUUCACAAACAGUUGACAGCAAGGAGGUCAAAACCUUCCAGGCCCUGGCUCACUCAUGGUGGGAUGAGCAGGGGAAGUUUGCGCCUCUUCAUUCUAUGAAUGACCUACGGGUGCCGUUCAUUAGAGACAAUCUUUUGAAAACAAGUACUAAUCAUGAUCCAGGAAAGCCUUUAUCUGGGAUGAAGAUUCUCGACGUUGGCUGUGGCGGUGGGUUAUUAACUGAACCUCUAGGGAGACUGGGAGCUUCAGUUGUUGGAAUCGAUCCUGUGGCUGAAAACAUUAAGAUAGCACAGCACCAUAAAUCAUUUGAUCCAGUCCUGGAUAAGAGGAUACAGUACCGAGUGUGCUCCCUGGAGGAGACCUUGAAUGAGAAUGCAGAGUGUUUUGAUGCUGUCGUGGCUUCUGAAGUUGUCGAGCAUGUGAACAACCUUGAAAUGUUCAUACAGUGCUGCUAUCAAGUAUUGAAACCUGGCGGCUCUUUAUUCAUUACUACAGUGAACAAAACACAGCUGUCCUAUGCCUUGGCAAUUGUUUUCUCAGAGCAAAUUGCAGGCAUUGUUCCAAAAGGCACUCACACGUGGGAGAAGUUUGUUUCACCUGAAAAGCUAGAAAGUAUCUUGGAACCAAAUGGUCUGUCAGUUGAAACUGUGGCAGGAAUGGUCUAUAACCCUUUCUCAGGUUACUGGCAUUGGACUGAAAAUACCAGCCUUAACUACGCAGCCCAUGCUGUGAGAGCCAGGGCUCAGGAACACCUGGAGCCUGCUGAGUCUGCUUGAACGGGGGAAGCAGAAGCACCCCGUGCCGAAGUCUCCGGCAGCCCACGUGUGCACGAGGGGCAGAGAAGAUGAGAACGCUCUGAGGACAGCAGUAAAUAUGCUUGAAGUUGUGUUGUUUACAAAUCCAAACAUCUUACUCCUUUUCGUGAGGGAUUCUGAAGAACAAAAGGUCAAUAAAAAUAUCUAAAUCAAUGGA